UCGCCGGGUUUGCGUCGGUCGCCGGGUUCGCGUUACAAAACAUUUAUCGGUCUGAUAGUAAUUAAUGUAGUGAAAGCUACCCGACAAAGAUUUAACUAAAAAUGUACCAGUUUACUGCGGCACAUUAUAACGCACAUACACAUACUAUUCAUACAAGCGAAUUUUUAUUUCAUGUCAUGCGAGUGUUAAAAAUAUUGCGCUAUAGGUAAUCCAAUAUUAUCUCUUAUCGGCGCAAACAAAUAGGUAUAAGUAGCACAAGAUGUGUAGUUUACACAAUAGGACUUUAUCGUAUACAGAAUCAAUGAGUUUAGUGUCUAACGCUGGUCUAACGUCACUGUCGUGUUAAAAGGAUAAAAAAUUAUGUAGUAUAACGUUGGUGUUCGAAAAUAAUGGGUUUAUUAGCUAAUACAGUUAAUCCUUUAAAAGAAAAUUCAAAGAUGGCAACGUCAACUAUUCGCAGAUACAAAAGACUAAUUACAGUUGUAAUUUUAAUAUUAGUGCUAGUAAUUGCCACUAACAUAUUAACUUAUUCGCCUCAAAUGAACGAACUGGUAGAAGAGGAUGGCAUAUUAUUAUUGGAUCUGGAGCCAAUAGAAGAAGAAAAAAUUACAAAAUGGUGGGAGAGAAGAAAAAACAUGACAAAUCUUUCUGAACUGGGCAAAGUCUUGUUUCAAUACCAUGAAGAACCAAAUGCUACAAACAGUCGGAAUUAUAAGAUAUUAGUAUGGAAAUAUGGGCCAACGAUAGAAAACAGACAUUUGAAACAGUUCUCCGGACAGAGAAUAGAUCCAUUUGAAUAUUGUCCAGUAAAAAAUUGUAAUAUAACUUAUGAAGAUAAAGACAUCGAAACGGCCGAUAUUGUGAUAUUUCAUCUACACCGAACAACCGGUCUCCAAGAUAUACCAAAGAGAACAAAUCUUAGUCAAAUAUGGGCAUUCCUUACUGACGAAAGUCCAUAUCACACAUUCCUAAACUCCAAAAAUAAACUUCAAGAUUUUAAUAAUUUAUUUAAUUGGUCUAUGACUUACAGAUCAGACUCACAUAUUCCAGUGCCUUAUGGUAGAACUGUUCUCAGAAAGGUAGCUAACCCAAUAUCAACAUUAAUGUUAAACAAACGAAGGGAUGUUUUAGUUGCUAUCAUGGGCUCCAAUUGCCAAGCAAAAAAUCAUCGAUGGCAAUAUGUAAAUGAACUGAAAAAAUAUAUAUCAGUCGAUGUUUACGGCGGUUGUGGACCUAUGAAAGACGCAUGUCCUGGACACUUUGGAGCAGACUGUCCAGCACUGGAUAAUUAUUUAUUUUAUCUCUCGUUUGAAAAUACAAACUGUAACGAAUAUAUUACAGAAAAGUUAUGGUGGAAUGCUUAUCAUAAAGACUCCAUACCAAUAGUCAUGGGUUCAAAUACCUCUAGCAAUAAUUUACUGUUUCCAUUAGAUUCCUAUAUAAAUGUAGAUGACUUUGCUCACCCUAGAGCUUUAGCAGACCAUCUAUUGCACUUAAAUAGAACUGAAGAGUUUAGAAAGUAUUACAAUUGGAAAAAACAUUUCGAAAUACUUAAUGAACAUGGGUACUUUAAGAGUCGAUCAUACCAUUAUUGUAGAAUAUGUCAAGCUUUAAACUAUAAUACCAAAGAAACCCACAUAUAUACGGAUUUAGAAGACUUUUGGAGCGAAAAAAGAGACUGUCAUCCAGCAUGGGACCAACAAGUUGAUUAAAAAAAAUUGUAUUGUUAUUUUAUCUGUGAUCAUUUGUUAUACCAUUAAUUUAUAGAAAAAUAAAAGAAAAAGUA